CACUGUCGAAGAUGGCGACCGGAGUCCUUCACAGAGUCAGCGGUGGCCUGGGUCGGGCUAAAAGCAGGGCCCAGUCCGCCGGACAGCUCGUCGUGUGGUCCAGGGGGUUUGCAACAUCAAGCAGCAGAAACAGAGAGGACAGCUGGUUUAAGUCACUGUUCGUGAGGAAAGUUGAUCCCAGGAAAGAUGCACACUCCAACCUACUGACCAAAAAUGAGGAAAGUAACCUGUACAAAAUUCAGUUCCAUAAUGUCAAGCCAGAGUGCCUGGAUGCAUACAACAAACUCUGUGAGGAUGUUUUGCCCUCUAUCCAUGCUGAUAAGUACUACCCCUGUGAGCUGGUGGGCACCUGGAAUACCUGGUAUGGAGAACAAGACCAGGCUGUUCAUCUGUGGCGUUACAGAGGGGGAUACCCAGCGCUAACAGAGGUGAUGAAUAAGCUCAAGCAGAACCAGGACUUCACAGCGUACAGGAAGGAGCGGGGUAAGAUGCUGAUGUCUCGCAGAAACCAGCUCCUGCUGGAGUUCAGCUUCUGGAACGAGCCCGUCCCCCGAGAGGGCCCCAACAUCUAUGAGCUCAGGUCCUACCAACUCAGGCCAGGAACCAUGAUCGAGUGGGGUAAUUACUGGGCCAGGGCAAUUGGAUACCGCCAGCACAACAGAGAAGCUGUGGGAGGGUUUUUCUCACAGAUCGGCAAUCUCUACAUGGUUCAUCACCUCUGGGCUUACAAAGACCUUCAGUCCAGAGAAGACACGAGGAAUGGCGCCUGGCAACAGGAGGGCUGGGAUGAGGUGGUUUAUUACACAGUUCCCCUCAUUCAGCAUAUGGAUUCCAGGAUCAUGAUCCCGACAAAGGCUUCCCCGCUGCAGUGAAACGAGACGCGAGCUGGAGGCUGAAAUCAAGUGGCACCACCCUUUUGAAUGUUACAUCCAUCCAGAGCAUCACUAUCAUGGUUCCACCGAUCCUGUCAGUGCUGCCAAUCAUCCCCUCUCUGUUAUUGUCUUUGCUUUCUUACUUCAAGAUGUCACUAGGACAGAGGAGGUAACAAUGUCUACCAUGUAUCUAAAAUUAAAACAGUCCAAGCCACUUACAGCCCCUGACGACACACUUCUUUUUUUUUUUUUUGGGGG